AUGCUGACGGAAAUGCUUCUACGCCCCAUUGUUUCCAUUGUCGGUACAGGGUCCUACUACCCACCUAACACAAAACCCCCCGAGCAUCUCGAGGAUCUCAUCUCUACAUACUACGACAUAGAUCCAAUUUUAAAGAAGACCUUGGAAAUCAACAAAAGAUCUAGAAUCCAACAACGCCACUUCGCCAUCCCAGACGAUGAUCCAUACUGGAAAGACCAAAAUCUCCCAAACAUUGCAGACUGUGAUGCAAUUUUCAAGCAAUACGGAGUCCCAAUGGCCGAGCAAGCAGCAAGAAAAGCCCUAGGAGACUGGGGUGGCUCCCACGAAGACAUCACCCACCUUAUUGCGGUUACAUGCACCAAUACUGCGAAUCCAGGUUUCGACUUUAUGCUAUGCGAGAGACUAGGUCUACACAGGAAUGUGCAGCGUACCCUGCUUCAUGGGGUAGGCUGCGCAGGGGGCGUUGCUGCCUUGCGCACGGCGAAUGAGCUUCUUCUCGGUGUGGCGGCCCUUGGGAAGACAGGGAGAGCGCUAGUUGUUACGUGCGAGCUUGUAUCAAUCUUCUUCCGUGCGGAAUUAGACGGUAUUGUUAGGGAUCAAGAGGUGAAUAUUGGCGUUACGCUUUUCGGCGAUGGUGCUGGGGCGUUGGUUCUGAGUAAUGGGAUUGGUACGCAAAGGUCUGAAAAGGCGCCUCUCUGGAACAUACUCAAUGCUCGGUCUACUAUUCUGGAGAAUUCGGCAAAAUGUCUCGAGUUUAAUGUUCACCCCCAUGGGUACCACGCCGUGAUUUCAAAGGACGUCCCCAAACAUGUUUCUUCAUCACUUCCAGCCGGCUUCGAAGAUCUGAUUGCCUCGACUCCUUUACUCUGUUCAUUCAAGGCCAAUUUCAAUGCAUCGAGCUAUGAUUGGGCCUUGCACCCUGGAGGUUACGGUGUCCUUCUUCGUGCCCAGGACGUGCUGAACAUAUCGGAGCACCAUCUACGACAGAGCUAUGAUGUAUACCAAACGCAUGGAAAUACUAGCUCUGCUACAAUUCUUAGUAUCAUCCACGAGCUGGCGGUCGAGGAGGGCUCUGCCAGGACUGGACACGAUAAAGUUGUUGUUGGAGCUUUUGGGCCGGGUAUGACGAUGGAAAUGGCCGUCAUGACUAGGGUUACAUAA